AUGUCAAUCAAAUUAGCCUAUUAUCUCUUUACUCGCUUGCGCCAACUGGGCAUCCGAUCUAUCUUUGGCGUCCCAGGCGACUACAACCUCCACUUACUUGACUUCGUUGAACCAUCUGGCUUAGCCUGGGUGGGCACUUGCAAUGAGCUCAACGCUGCUUAUGCGGCUGAUGGAUAUGCCCGGAUAAAUGGCCUUUCAGCUUUGGUAACCACAUUCGGUGUUGGGGAGCUCUCUGCGAUCAACGGCAUUGCAGGUGCUUAUGCCGAGAAAGCGCCGAUUAUUCACAUUGUGGGCACGCCUGCACGAACAACGCAAGAGUCACGAGCUUUGGUACAUCACACCCUCGCAGAUGGAGAGUUCCGACGAUUUGCGGACAUGGCCUCCCAUGUAACAGUGGCACAAGUGGACCUGAAAGACCCCCGGCUAGUACCCGAUCAGGUCGACUGGGCUCUCAGGGAGGCGAUAAUUCACAGUCGGCCUGUUUACCUAGAAGUGCCAGACGACAUGGUUGAUGUUCACGUGAACGCGUCGAACCUCACAUCGAUGAUCUGCAUCCCCCCGGCUCCAGUCACUGGAGAUGAACCAGUUGUAUUGGGUCGCAUCCUGGAACGGAUGCACACUGCCAAGCGGCCAUUGAUACUGGUGGAUGGGGAAAGCAGACCUAUGAAAGUACUGGGUGACAUUGAUAAACUAGUAAAGACAACCGGCUGGCCAACAUGGACAACGAUCUUUGGCAAGAGCUUAGUGAACGAACAACUACUGAAUGUGUACGGUGUUUAUGCUGGAUCACUAAGCGAUGCGCAAUGGAAGAAUUAUUUUGACUCAGCAGAUCUAAUCAUCAACAUGGGUCCUCACUAUAGCGACACCAACAGCCAGAACUUCACGACCAUUCCCGAUCCAGCUGUGACGAUUACAUUUUCGAAUACCUACAUCCAAAUCGACAAUGAUAUCUAUCGAGAUACGCAUCCUAGCAACAUCCUUCCUCAAUUACUAGAAGCGAUCGACACCAGCAGAAUCCCCAGAGUAACUGGGCCUGCUAAAUCAACAAAAGAAGCAGGCCAGCUUAAUUCGUCCGAUUCAAUCACUCAGAAAGAUUUCUAUAGUAUUGUGAACUCAAUGAUCUGUGAAGGUGACCUUGUUCUCACAGAAACAGGCACUGCGGCACACGGGGGUCGUGAUAUGAUCCUGCCGCAAAACACUCGGCUUCUUGGCCCUGCCACCUGGUUAUCAAUCGGGUACAUGUUACCCGCGACAGUAGGAGCGGAAUUAGCUCAGAGAGAACGAACAAACAAUCCAGAGUCCCGCGCCAUCCUUUUUAUCGGAGAUGGAAGUCUACAAAUGACUGUUCAGGAGAUCAGCACGAUGAUCAGGGAAAACUUGAAUGUUAUCAUCAUCGUCAUUAAUAAUGAAGGCUAUACCAUCGAGCGAGCUAUUCAUGGGAGGAAACAGUCUUAUAAUGAUAUUGCUCCUUGGAGCCAUGCUCAGGCUUUGAGCUUCUUCGGGGCGGAUGAUAGGCAUGCCAUGCAGAGUUACUUUUCUGCCCGGACAUGGGGUGAGUUGGAUGUCGUUUUGAGAGACAAGAGAAUACAAGCUGGAACAGGAGUGAGGAUGGUGGAAGUAUUCAUGGGCAGGGAAGACGUUCAGGGGGCUUUAUUACGCCUCAUGGCGAACCAAAUAGCUGAUGAGUAG